AUGUCCUUAGGUUCCAAGAUCUUCCUUGGCGGGUCACUCUUAGGAUCUGUUGCUGUUGUAUGGGGUGUCCAUGCGCUGCAAAAGCGUGAGCAAGAUACAAUGUAUCAAGGAGUCAUUAAGGACGACAUACGGGUUCGAAACAAGGCGACGGCAGCUGCAGCGGCUAAGCUUCAGGCAGCCGCCGAGGGAGCGAUUCGUAUACCUCCUCUAGCACCACUAAACACACCUGGCGCACCGACACAGCGGCCUUACGAUCCUACCAUUUCGUCCUCCUCAUCUUCUUCAUCGUCUUCCACCUUUCGCCCGAUACGGCGCUUUGACGAGGAUGAUGACCGGCCCUUGAUGGGUGUAGGUAUAGCUCAGCCUCCACCAUCGGUCGAUGAGGACUGCGCGACGUGUGUUAUCUCCCCUCCGCCUCAAUUGGUCGAAUCGCAGUCAAAAGAGACGAGGCAGAAGGAAAGAGAAGAGCGUUUAGCAGAAUAUGAAGCGCAGAAGAAGCUGGCUGGGAGACUGCAAAGAGAACAGGGUCUACACGAUGAGCCAGAGAGUGGAAGACUGGUGUAG